UUUUGACAUAUGUACGGUAGCAGGCAGCGGACAUUGUUUUUUUAUCGCAUAGAAACUUGAGUAUUGAGUCUCAAUUCAGUUAUUCUGAGAUAUAUCGUGUCCAUUUAAAUUAGUGGAAAUAAUUUCUUAAAAGUUUCCCUAAUAAAUAUGUCCAUGUUUGGAUCAUUAAUGGGUGAUAUGGAAGACGAUUUCUUUGGGUCUCAUAUGAGACAUAUGCGUCAAAUGAGCAACAUGAUGAACUCAUUAUUUUCUGAUCCUUUUGGAAUGAUGAGAGGAUCUAUGUUGGGAUUUGACGAUUUUGAAAACAGAGCAUUGACAACAGGCCGACAUAAUAUGCACAAUUCUCUCAUGUCUCCUUUUUCCAUGCCAGUUAUGCCAAAUUUCAACAGACUUCUUAGUGGUUCUUUAGAUUCUAUGGCAAAUUCUGGUAAUUAUCAUAGCUCUAGUACGGUCAUAAGUAUGACAUCAGGUCCUGAUGGACGUCCCCAAGUAUACAAAGCUACUUCUAGCACGCGAGUUGCCCCAGGAGGGAUAAAAGAAACUCAAAAAACAGUCACAGAUUCUGUAACUGGUACUAAAAAAAUGUCGAUAGGACAUCACAUUGGUGAAAGAGCACAUAUUAUAGAAAAAGAACAAAAUGUACAUACUGGUGAAAGAAUAGAAAGUGAAGAUUUGAUAAAUAUUGAAGACGACGAAAAGGAAGAUUUCAAUCACGAAUGGGAAACUAAAACUCGUAGGUCCGAAAUACCCAGAAUUACAUCCGGUUCUUCUAGAAAUAGACACACUUACGCUGGACAUUCCUCUAUACCCGCCAUCACGUCAGGUCCAAGUAGUCGUCGACAUAGAGAAAGAACAGUACCAAUACCAUCCUCGCCAUUGGUAUCUUCUCGCAGAAGUAUACGGUCACCAAAAUUAGCAUUACCUUCAUCGAGUAAUUCUAGGUUUUCAAGACACUAUUAAUAAAAAAAAUUAAAUUUAUUCCGACUAAAUCGGCUUCAACUUAACACUGCUGCCGGUAGACAUCCGUAUAGUUCGCCGAACCAACAGCUCCAACCAAAAAAAUCGAAAUCUUUGAAAACGUUUUCGGACGAACCUGCACCACCUCAAGUCGAUAAUUGAAAUUUUUGAAUUAAUUCAUUUUUUAGUAUUACUGAAUUUGACAAUUUAUUUUCAAGAUAGAUUUCGUUGUUGUUUCUUCAAGGAUUUUGCUCGUUUCGGGGAAAAUUUGUCAUUAAUUAAUUGUUUCGAUAUAAAAUUGAUAUUUUUUAGCACGAUAUCAAACAUUUACUUUUUUUUUAAUAACGUUCUGCAGAUAAAUAUUGAAUUUGAGAAUAUUAUGCACACGUCGGUUCAUUAGAUGUCGCUGGAAUAGUUUGAUACAAUUUUUAUUCGAUUUAUAAAACCAAAAAGUUUUUUUACAGUGUGAUAACGAAAAGAGAUCAACGAAUUUUUAUAUUUUAAACAAUUUUCGAAUAAUUUGUCAAAAAUUUUCGGCUGCUAUAAUUAUUUAUAUGAAAUCUAUCUUGUAAUUAUUAUUGUCAAUGAUUUUCUACGAAAAAAAAAUUCCAAUUUUCUGUUCGUGAUCGAAAAGUGAUUUCCUUUGAUUUUUGUAUUCGUUAGGGAAGAGCGAAGUACUUUUGGACUUUGUGAGGUUAUGUAUCCGUGCAAUUACGUCAAAUUCUUCUUCUUAUUCCUAUUAGUUCCUUUUAUAUCUACCACUUGUUCUCAACCGUAGUUCCUUUGAUUCAUUCUUCUUCUUCUUUUCCAGUCCAGUAAUUCAUCAUCCUUCCAAUUGGACCCAAAAUUUUCUUCACAUUGCGUUACAUUCCUAAUUACCUCCGUUUUUGAGAUGAAUAACUUUGGAAAAAUAAUUUUUUGUACAGGAUACGAUAAGUACAAAUAUUUAAUUGCUAUGUACAUUGUUGACGAGCAUACUCGAGGGUAAUUUGAUGAUAUUAACGCUGUUUACUAUCAACAUUUGUGGUCCUUCGAGCCUGUUGUAGGUUAUACCCGGCUCGAAGGACCAAAAAGUGUAUUUAUAGUGAACGGUUCAAUAUAUAACUCGAGUGUGAAUCGAUGUUGUAGUAUAUCGUCAAUUUAGUAAAUAGAUUUUUUUUUAAAUGGUGAGCACUUGGGGGGGGAGGGUAAAUCGUUGUUACUUGUGUAUUUUGUGUGGUAUUGAUAUUACUCUCUAUUGUAUCCAUUAGUUUUUAGUAUUAUGUAUCGUUCUAGGUUUAAAUAAAAUUAUAUUCCAA